AUGCCUUCUUCGUGCAAAGAUAUCCGAGCGGCGCUUGCCGAAUGUCUCCAGAACAGCGAUUGUGUCAUGGUUCAUCGGAACAAGCCUGUAGACUGCCUCCGGCCGCCUCUGGACGAGACUUUGCCGACGCGUUGUCUACAGCUUCGACAUGGUUACGGAGAAUGCAAACGAGGACAAAUCGACAUGCGCAAGCGCUUCCGAGGCAACGCGCCCAUCGCCACCAGCCUGGAAAACGAAGGCUCUGGAAAGGCGCCCAUGUUGUAUGCCGGAAAGGGAACAUACGACGAUCCUACCGCGAAGAAGAUGGAGGAAGGAGCUGAAUACGAAAAAUUCAUCAGAAAUGAUGGUUCUGAAGAUCUGAGAAAGAAAUGA